AUGUUCCGAAGACAGCUGCUGCGCCAGUCGCGCACAAUCUCAGAAUCUGUCACAGCUGUAUCACGGGUGCGACAGUCGCCAUUCCAUUCCGCAACCUUUAUUUCGCCACGUCCCGCCACUUCCCCUUAUCUGUCCUCACGAUUAGGACGGAGAUGGCAAUCCACAGAGUCCGAGAAUAAUUCCGGCGAACAGCCUGCAGCGUCGACACAAGAGACGAAACCAGUCGAUGCGAAGGAAGACCCCGUCAAGCAAGAGCUGGAGAAGUACAAAAAGGAGGUGGUAGAUCUCAAGGACAAAUAUCUCCGCGCUGUUGCCGACUACCGCAAUCUGCAGGACCGGACGAAACGAGAAAUGGAAUCCGCGAGACAGUUCGCUCUCCAACGCUUUGCCACCGAUCUGCUCGAUUCGGUAGACAACCUUGACCGUGCGCUUUCCUCUGUUCCUCAAUCCGCCCCCGGCGAAUCAGCGGGCGCCGGGGAGUCCAACAAGGAUCUCGUGAAUCUGAUCUCGGGACUCAAGAUGACCGAAGAGAUUCUCAUGAAUACGUUGAAGAAGCAUGGUCUCGAAAGAUACGACCCCUUGGAAGGCGGAGGUCGGAAGUUCGAUCCCAACACCGACGAGGCGACGUUCUUUACUAAAGUCGAGGGCAAGGAAGAUGGCGAAAUCUUCUUCACCCAGAGUAAAGGAUACAAAUUGAACGGCAGGAUCCUGAGAGCAGCAAAGGUCGGGGUGGUCAAGAACUCCUAA